CCUAACUAUUUUCAACAUGGAUGCCUUGCGAGUUAGACGUAUGAACUCAACUGCGGCAAAGAACGUCGUGCGUUUUAUUCUAGAAACCUUACUCUGCAUUUACCAGAAUCCACAAGUCUUUGGUCACCAUUCUUUGUGUGUUCUGGUGUACGCAGCAAUCCAUGGGCUUAUUUAUCUCCUUCAAAGAGGAAGUAUCUUACAGAGGAAUGUCGAGGAAAGUACAGCAUCUUCGUCGUCAGACUCUCUUGUUGGUUGCCCUAAAAACUCUUCAACGUCGAAGGUUUGCGAAAGUGACGGUGAAGCGCUAAAGUCUUCCAUAGAAAAGGAUGAUUCGACGUGGGAAAAUGACUUAGGGAAGCCCGCCGAACGCAGCUCACCUGUUUUAAAUCCGGAUCAUUUCGAUGCUCGGAACAGAUUGUCUAUGCUUCGAAUGAAGGAUAUUAUUUCAAUCCUAGGAGACUGUAGAGCUAAAAGUGUGGACAUUGCUGCUUCAGGGAAGAAUGAUUUGGAUGGCUUUUUCAAGGGAUUGGGUAAGUUAGUGCGUUGCAUCUAUUUGAAUUUCAGUUUUCUUCCAUGUAAUCGAAUUUGGAAUUAUCAGGUCUGAUCUCAUUCAAUCGUUAAUUGUUAUAUACGUGCUCAGUAGCCCUCAAAGUUCACGUCUCUGAUCGUCCUUUUCGUCCUUUGUAGACGUCUCGUCAUUCCGGGGCGCUGGUGAACGAAGGAUUUCUACGAAGAGAGGAAUUCGAGUGGAUUUGGCGGACAAAGAGUAAGCAGUCCGGUGAUUUAGUUCCAUUUUUAAAGCAUGUCUCCUGAGACCUUCAAAUAUUGUUUUGUUCAUACAUACGAUUUUUAAUCCUUUUAAGAACUGUUUUUUAAGAAAGUUACGCAGUCGUAAUUGCCAAAAUGAACAAGGUGGUCCCAAGAGAAAUAUUUUCUGCGGGGAAUUUUUUGAGCAAGGUAGUUUCCCCCACGAUUUUAUCAUAAAACAGACACGAACGUUUAUGAAAUGUUACUUUUUAUUUUGGUGGUCUUUCAAUAUCUUUUUGUCUGUAUUAUUCUACAGAAAUAUAUUUCUGCUGCAAUUUCCUGGUUAGGAAAAUUUUAAUAAAUCACUUUUAACAAGGAGAAAAAUUAUUAAAAUAACUGUAGUAAAAGGAAAUGAUGGGUAUGAUUUGUGCAUGUGUAAGGAGUGAUUCGUAUAAGUGUAUUGUUGUGUCUACCGAAUCAAGGCAUUAAAAAGAUAAAAGUCUAAUUUCCAAUACGUUCAUGACACAAAUUUUCAAAAUUUCAGAUUUUUUCUUUGUUUUAUUGAUUCAAUAUAGACUUCAACUGUGUAUAUUUUCAUGGUAGUGCAUAACGAACAUGCAACAUAAAUUUUGUCUAGUUUGAGGUAAAUUAAUGUAUCUUGGUAUCACAAGAAAUCACUAAAUUCAGCACUCCAUGCUCCAUGUUUUUCUAAAUAAUCAUUUGAGAAAAUGAAAUCCUAAAAACUAGUGGCCAGGAUUGAAAUAUUGUUUGCUAGAAAAAACAAAUUUUAGUACAAUUGGAAAAGGACAUUAUAUACAAUACCAUAUGAUGUACUGUACCUCUGACCAAAGCUGAGUUCUUAGAGAAAAAAUUUGGAAAUGUAGCAAUCAUUUGGAAAGGUUCAUGUUACAUCUCAUGACAUAAAACGUUCAUGUUUGUUUUAAGUCAAAGGAGAAAGAGGGAAAUAUUAUUUUUAAGAAAGUGGCAGGAUAUUUAACAUAAUUAUCCUAUCUGAAUUUUUAUUUCAACUUGAUUUUGGAACAUAAACACUAAGUAUUAAUUGAAUGAAGCAAAAUACCAUUAGUGCUGACCCAAGGUGAAAUUUUAAUCUGGGUUUCUUUAUUCCUUUAUUCAAAAGCCUUUUUGGGAUAAUGUCCUGUGUUCUUUUUAGAGCAUUAAAUAGUCACAUUAUAGACAAGAAGAAUUCAACUGAAUUUUUUUUUAAGCUAUCAGAUCUGAUAUCAGAUUUCACACUAACCCUGAGUUAUCCUAACCCAGCUUUGAAAAACUCAGCCCAGGUCACCUAACUGACCAAAUUAACCUUUAGUUAAUUAUUUAGAAAUAUCUUCACCCUUUCACUCCCAGAUCUGUAAGUAAUUCUCCUUACUGUCUGCCAUUUGCCCAACUGAUAUUUCUCUAUAUUCUUAUCACUUGUCUUCUUGGCAUUGUAGGGAGAAAUUCUGUCUUGGUCACUUCUGGGAGUUAAAGGGUUAAACCAAAGCCUUCACAGCUUGGAAUGCUGAGUUACUGUUGAAUUUAGUAGUAAUUGCAUGAGAUAGUGAGUGUCUUUGUUGUGUUUUCAAUGGCAGCAUAAACUUACAUGUGUCACUUACUGGAAAAGCCACUAAAAUCCCUGAAGAACAUGACUGGGUUGGUAUAGAGGAAGAGACUCUAACUGUUACAGUGAAAACAACUCUAUGUGAUCAUGGCACACUGACAAGAGAACCAUCAGAUACAGGUUCCACUCAGAAAGGAAGUGGUGAUCCAAAUAAGACAUGUCAGACACUUCCAGAUGGAGGAGGACCCUCCCCACAGGUUGCAAAGAUUCAGAAUGGAAGCAUCAGCUACUCCCGCUGCAGCAGUGGUAGUGGAGGAGAUGAUGGAGAUGGUGAUGAUAACAGGAAGCAGACUGGUCGCAUUGGUGGCUGUCAAGGUAGUGGUGGGAAUGAUGUAGACAAUGAGGAUGAAAGUAAGCAGGCAUCCAAACAACAGGGUCCUGAAGAUGAUGUUGCUAAUGAUGAUGAUGAUUGUCGCGGCAAUGAAGAGAAUCACAGUGAAUCUCAAAGAAGUGGUAGGUAACUGUAUUCCAGCUCUGGGUGAUUUUGAUACUAGGGUUGCCAAGAAGUUUGAAAGUAGAAUACAAGGAGGAAGUAGGUGACCUGGUUAUUGCGAAUACCUUGUUGUUUCAUUACUUUACUUCCAAGACUAGGAACUACACUUACUCUGUUUAAAUGUAUCCCAUUAUUGAGAUAGUUUACACAAACUUUCAAGUGAAUUCUGAUUGUAGAAUUAAUUCACAUACCUUAACUUUUUUUGUGGUAAACUAUGCAUCUAAUCUUACUCAAAACUUGGGAAUGGUUGCUGCAAGAAUCUCUCUGAUGGUAUUUCAAAAAUUACUGGCUUUCUAAUCAACAGGUAGGGUAAAAUGAGGUGAAAAAAGCAAGCUUAAGAUGGGAGACUAGCUGUCAGUUUUGACCAACAAACAGCUCAGACUGACAGCCAUGGACACCACCUUUAAGUGAAGGCUUGAUGGAUGUGUCAUUAUAAGAGCUCAUUAUUCAUACAUCCCUCCUUUUAAUGCAAUGUUAAUUGGCUUUCCCAUAAGUAGAGUGAUUGUAGGAUUUUCCUUUCCUAUGAUCAGCUUAACUCUUACUGUUUGAUUUUAGUUAUGGAGAUGAUUCCUUCUUUGAUAUAAAUUUCAUAGGUGAAAGAACAGUGCAUACUGAAUUAACAUGUGAAAAAAGUGUAUUAAUACUCAAAGUAAGAUCAGUUACUGUUGUUAAAAAAAGCACUUUAUAUAUCCAUUUUGGAGUGCUGUCAUUUACCACUAGAGUUGUAUGUUUUUUUCAGAUGAAAGUCAGAGAGAUGGUGCACGGUCUUCAAGUAGCUACAGCACAGUGCCUGAUGGAAGUGGUAAAUCACCCUCCCAGAAAAAUGGAAACAGUUCAUGUUCUGACAAUGCCAAGAAAGCUGCUCAACAGGUUAAUUAAAGCUCUCAUGAUGUUGUGCAGAUUAUGGAUAGCUCAUUCUUGUCACUAAGUCAAACUAUGUUAAAUUUUACUGACAAUAAAUUUAUCAAGACAGUAUUUAGUUGGUUAUUGUUUAGACUGAAACAAGACUGGGUUUUCAGCUCAAAUCUUCUCUAAACCUAGAUCCACUGGUUCAAAAAUCAUGAAUUAAAAGUUCUUUGGACCAGUAUAACUUUUGUUUUUAAUAAAUGUCUGUAUGAAAUUACAGGGCUUGUGGAUUGAUGUUACUGUAGCCAAGAUAACAGCUCAAGCACAUUUCACACCCCUUGAGUCUCAGGUAUUUUGAAUUAACUUGGAAUGUCUUUGAAAAUCACAUAUUCUUCAAAUCAUAGUUCUCUAAUGGAAUUUUUUUUCAUUGUAAGUUAUUUGGUUCCUGUUGUUAUUUGGUUUUGUUGCCAAUGUAUUUGUGACAAAUAAUAUAUAAUAUGUUUUUCCCUUUUCACUUGAACUCUUCUUAGGAUGAAUCAGAGGAAAUCUGCAGGAGUGAAUCAGAUAAAGACCUGCAGAAAGCCUUUACCUGUCGCCGAAACUUGAAUUCUGAGAGAGAGUGGCAGAAAUGUACUGAUACCUUCUGUCAGCUAAUCCAAUACUUGCUUGACCACUCGCAAAACUGCAGAAUGCGUGUGUUGGGUGGAUGUGAAGACUGCAUCAGUUAUAAGGAUAUGCUGUUUAACCAUGUUUCAAAGUGCAUUCUUCCUCUAGGACGAUGUGUAGUUGCAAGGUGUGAUUACAUCAGGGAGUACAUGCGUACAAACUGCCUUCCAGAGAACAGGAAAUGGACAUGGGCACUUGAUCAGUUGUUCUUCAGUCCCACACCCCCCUCAACACCCACAAAUGAAGACAGUGAAGAGUUCCUGGGUGGUUAUAAGGAAGUUUUGGCAAAACUGGAAGCUGCAAACACCCAAGAAGACACAGUUCAUGAUCCAGUUAAAGACAUCCUAAUUGCUGAUAGAAGCUUGACAUCUAACUGUGAACCCUUGCGAAGUGCAAAUGGAUGGAAUCAGUACCAUGUGGACCGCCCACCAGAUGUCCAAGUUACCAGAGGUCCUGUUAUCCAGGAAUCCAUCCAGGCUGAAUGUGAAGACUGUUCACCAAGUGCACCAUUGAGUGUGGCUGAUGUGUCUGUGACAAAUACUUGUACAAGCCAGACUGUGGGAAGUGAUUUGGUGCAGGAACUAGGAGAGGUCAUUUGGCCCUUGAACCAGGUACUGCUAAUUAACCCUGGGUCAUAUGUCUUGUUUGCAUUUCAGCUCUCAGGAAGAUGAACUUCCUUUAGAUGGCUGCUUGACGUACAUGUAAAUGUACAUGUACCCUGAAUCACCCACAUUUGUCUUGAACCUUUCAUAUACAAUUAGAGGAAUUUAAACCUUCAAAUUCCCAUAAGUGAUAUUGAUAAAUCACCUACAUUUUCCUUGAACCUCCCAUAUAAAGGAAUUUAAAUCUCCCUUCGAAUUCCAACAAGGGAUUAAGAGGUUCUUUCUCCUUGUAAUUUUAAAAUACAUUAUUUAGCAAACAAGUAGAAAGUAACAUGCCAUUUGGGGUUUAUUAUUAUCUUGAUAUGGCACUUCGGUGAUCACUAAUCAAUUCACAAGAGGCUGUGUAGCAUCUACUUUGUGCAAAGGGGAAUUACUUGUAUUCAUCAGAUUAUUGGGGGGGGAGUCUCUGUCUCUCUCUUCUUAGUCUGUCUUGAUAGGCUGUUCAACUGGAACAGUUGCUAUGGCUGGUAUCUGCCAGGCUUAAAUUUAUAAUUUCUCAUAACAAACUGUAGCUAUCUGCUCUUUUCAGGAGAAGUUGGGUGUUGGUGAGAAUGGGUCUUACAUUGAGAAAACCCAUUGGCAAGUCAUUCAUUCAAUUGGAGGGGGCUCUUGUGGCCGUUGUUACCUUUGCCGUGAUUUGUUAAACCAAUCUCUUUUUGCCAUCAAAAAGGUACAUGAUUUUUUCAAAUAAAUUAAAUAAUUUUUGUUGUAAUGUGAUAAUUUGGUUUUGUUAAUGGAGUUUAUAAGGUAAAUUAGCCACUACAAAGAAUUUCAAAGCUGACAUUUGAGCAUUAGCCCUUUGUCAGAGCAAAAGGCUAAUGGUGGAAAAGUCAGCUUUGAAACUCUUUAAGGUGGCUAAUUUACUCUAUCAACUUAGUUGAGAAAACCAGAUUUUCUUGUUAAACUACGCCAGUGAUACAGUACUACAAUGAUAUCUCUCUAGAGCGUUGUCAGAGCAAAAGGCUACUGGUCAAAAAGUCAGCUUUGAAAACUCUUUAAGGUGGCUAAUCAACUCAGUUGAGAAAACCAGAUUUUCUUGUUAAACUACACCAGUGAUACAGUACUGCAAUGAUAUCUCUCUAGAGACUUACAUGUACCCCCUUCAUUUACAUGCCCUUAAGUUUUAACAAGUUUGUCAAUUUAUCAUUUAUUUAAAACUACUGCUGUUAAAAAGUUUUCAAAGGUGAUUGGUCAUCAGCAGCCAGAUUUGCAGUUUUUAAUGCUUAUAGGGAAGUGUUUGAAGAGGACAGUUAACACUUAUCCCCUUAAGUCAUCUUGUGACUGAAUUUCAUGCAUUCAAUACUGUCUGUAAACAUACACAGGAUUAACAAAUUGGAACCCUGCUUCACAGCUGUCUGUCAGUUUGAUAACAGACCGAAUUGGACUCCAUUCACUUUUAAUACCAUUGAAAAUCAUUUGGUUUUUACUGCUACUCAUUCAUUCAUUUUAAUGCUUUGUCUCCAACAUUCAUAAUAAAUAAUUAAUGAUCAACCUUGAGUAUGUGAUGAUAUAUUCUUAUGUGAUAUUUUUUGACAUGCAGAUUCCCAUCGGCAAGUUUGAAAGUAAUGAAAUUGAAAUUUGGGGAGGGCUGUCUGGACGACAUCCAAACAUUUUGGAAUUGUAUGGUGCCAUGAAAUACAGACAGAGUGGCACAGUGAUUAUAUUCAUGGAAUAUAUGAGUGGUAUGCACAAUUUUUUUUGUUUUGUGUAUAUGUAACUUUGAUUUUAGUACAGGGUCCCCCGAUUUCAUUGUGUUAAUUUGAUAAGUUUGAAAUGAAUGUUAGGAUACAUGCUGGGUUACCUAUUGAAAAAAUUGUCUGUUUUGCAUCCUGAUGGAUAUUUGGGGCCCUCAUGAAGUUGUAGUAGAGUAAAAGUUUUGUUGUGUGAUGGACUUUCCCAAAAACUCCCUUACAAAAUGUUUAGCUCUAGCCAGGCUAUUGUGUUCUUUCCUUUACUAAGGCACUUUACUAACAUCUCCCUCUCCCUCUGUUCAUCAAGGAUUACGAAGGGGUACUUGCAACUGGUAGUGAAACUUGAAAAAAUUUGCUGGGUAGAAGGAGGAGUAGCAGUACUCCUUACACUUGAAAAUUCAGCUUUAAAAGCUCUUUGCAGUGGCUAAUUCACAUUAUAAACUUAGUUGAUCAAACCAAAUUAUUCUGUAAUACUCCCUACCCAUGCGACACCAUAGUUUCUUUAGAAACUUACUCCCUUAAUUUUCUUAAGGGAUUAAGUUUUCUUGCACCAAACCACUGCACAGUUACAAGUUCAUCUUAUGUUUUCUUGUGUUUAUUUUGUAUAUAAUCCUUGUGCAGUAGUGUGAUUGUGUUCAUUCAUUCUUUUAGGUGGCUCUGUUGAAGAGUAUGCUGGACAAAUGGAGCACAAUGAGAUCUGGGCAAUCCAUGUCUUUGGAAAAGUUCUGUUUGCAGUAGACUUUAUGCACUUGCAAGGAAUACUGCAUCGUGAUAUAAAGGGUUAGUGUAUGCAUGUUCAUGGAGCUGCAUCAUGUUUGUGAAUCUUGAAAAGUUUGGGUUUCAUUUUUUCAAGUUUGUAAUCUUCUUUCUCCUUAAUCAUCUCUGUUACAUACCUUUUGGGAUAUUGUUGUUGAUAUCUUUGAAGUGUCCUUCUAUUUAAAGAAAACUCUGUGUGGUCAUUGAAAUGAAUCAAAACAUUGUAACAUAAUGGAAGCUAAACUUACGGCUCCCAUUUAGUGCUGUCCAUGGGCUGUUUUAAUGGCUGUUUGGAUGCUGCCAUAGUGGCUUGCUUUUGGUAACAUAAUCUGCAAGCAUUGUGAAAAGUCAUCUGUUAGAAAAUUAAACAGAUUACAUUGUCAAUUUAAUGCUUACAAAUAGACUACUUCAAUUCUUUAAAGUCAUUUUUACAUAAAAUGAAAAAAAAAAAAUUUUGCUGAUCUUUUUAUCUCUUUUAUUUUUUGUAACAUCAACCUGUACUGUUUGUUUUUGUUUUUUGUUUUUUGUUUUCAUGUUGUACGCUACAAGCCACAUCACUUUGCAUUUGUGAGAAUGAGUGAAAUGGCAGUCAUAGUCUAAAUUAGCAAACAGGUGUCCAGAUCAAAGAGCAGCUUAUGCUUGGUUAUUCCAAUUUUGGGCUUCCACUAAAUGCUCAUUCAGCAGAGUGUGUUUACAAGAACAAAUUCACUUGUAUUCAUUCUGUAUUUUUUUAUGUCAGUUAUUUUAUUUUUUUUUUUGUGCACAGGUGGUAAUGUUCUUGUGGAUGAGACCGGUCAACAUGUGAAACUUGCUGACUUUGGAACAAGCGUCAGAUGUGAGAGCUUUCUUCAGGAUAACAUCCCAAGAGGCACAGAACCUUUCAUGUCCCCAGAGGUAAACAUAGCAGUCAACUUAAAUUGAAACCUUGUUGUAGAAGUGUAUCACACACCUGUAUGUGACUAAAGGGGGUUGUUUAUUUCUUUGAUAUAGUCAUUGUGGUUUUUCCCACUUUCUUAUGGUCUAUAAAAAAUUAAUUUAUAACAUAGCUUGUAAAUUUGUCUAAUCAAAUUCCAUUGCACAAGUGUGCUUCAUAUUCCUAUUGUGCACGCUCAUGAUGUCAGCAAACAAAUCCCUCGAGAAAAAAAAUUUGGGGUUGAAAAUGUUAUAAAACAAUUGGUUCAUAUGUCAGCUGUGCAUUCAACAAGAUAUGAAGCACUUGGGAAGUUUGGAGAGCACUCAAGAAGCUAGAUUUGCCCUUGGCUAUGCCUCGAGCAACUCUUACGCAUCUUUCAUGCUCUCCAAACUUCCCGUGUUCUUCAUAUCUCGAUGAAUGCAUGCUGAUGUAUGAAUCAAUUGUUAAUUGAAUCAUGGCUAGUAUCUUGAUUAUUGUUUACAAAUUGAAAAGUUUCUUUAUCUCAUAUCAUCAGAUGUGUCGGAGUGAAUACCACUCUUUUAGUACAGAUAUUUGGAGUAUCAUGUGCCUGCUUUACCAACUGCUGGCAGGACAUCCACCUUGGGUAGAUUCAUGUCAUGGUUCACUGAUCUAUAGGGUAAAUUUUACCAUGUUUGUUAUUAUCCUUGUGUACAUGAUACUUCCCUCCGUGUUGAUCAUAGCAGUAUGCAAUAUAUGUAUCACUUAUAAACCUCCAAAUGAUCUAGCUUACUAUAGAGUCUCUGUGGCUCAUUGGUAGGGCAGCUGAGUUUGGAAUACAAUGGUCUGAGGUUGUCAUACCUCAUGGGACUCAGAAUUUUUUUCCGCACCUGACAUAAAAGUUUUCAGUUUGCAUAGAUAUUAUAUGGUUUGUUGUUCACCUUCCUUAGCUGCAUCUAUUUUUUUCACAGAUUGGUACGGCUAAGGAACCACCAUCUUCUCCUCCAUGCAGCCCAGAGGUUGAGGACCUCUUCAGCCAGGGCUUCAUUCUAAAGCCAGCUGAUCGUAAGACUGCAAGGGAGCUGCUGAGACAUCCAGCAAUAAUGGCAGGUAAGCUAGCCUUGAUAGUAUCCACAGGGAUGAUUUCAAUGUAAUUUAGUGCCCAAGUCUAGUCAACUGCCCUCUCAAAUCAUUUUUAUUGAUAAAAAUGCAUUUAUACUAUUUUAAGCCCUCCUAUGCUGCUAAAUACUUAAUAACCAUGAAGAAUCCGUUUCUUGAGAAAGACAUAAGCACAACUGUGCUCCGUUCUCCUUUAAAUUUAAUACUGGACAGUCAUGUGGAGUAGUCGCUUUUCUUACUGGCUUAAGCUUCCCAAAAGAAGGCGCAUGCUGAUCCAAUCCCAAAAAGUAAGCUAGAUUUCUUGCUGUACUUUUCAGCCUGGUAAAGUGGCUCCGUAUGCUUUCCAUCAAGACUAAUUAUUUGGAAGCCAGGAAUUUUGUCAUCACAGGGCAAGAUAAAAUGUUCGUGUUCAGUACAAUUUUUGAAUGACACACCACCUUUUAUGUUAGUUUCAGCUCCAGAUACAUCAGGUUUUCUCUUUCCAACCUGGGGGGACACAGAGCAAUAUUCUGAUGGUGCCUCCAGCAUUAGCUCUUUCUCAAGUAAUGUAUUGAAGUCCAUUGUGUCAGAAAUGUCUGCGGACCAGCUACUGUGUGAUGAUUGUGCCUCAGAUCUGGAGGGUGAUGAUGCAAACUUCAGUGACUGUUAUGAUGAUGGCACUGAUGAUGAUGAUGAUGAUAAUGAUGAUGAUGAUUUGUCAGAGGCGGAUGAUUUUCAAGUGGAUGGGUUAAUCUUCCCCCCUAAUGGAGCUUGGCUGGGUGCUGAUCUCUCUGUUGAGCAACAGUUUCGAUCACUUCAAAGUGGUAAGGACUUUUGAAAAUUACUUCAUAGCUAGAAGGAUUGCUUUGUUGGAAAGGAAACCCUUAAGUUUGUUUUAACUUUAAAUUAGGGGCUCUAAAACUGAAAGUUAGACACUUAAAUUGCAUAGUUCCUCCCUCCAUAUAGUGACAGAAAUGGCUCAACUGGCUCCUCAAAAUUUGACUUGAUCCUCUUAUUGUGGUGAGGGAGGGAGGUUAAUGAAGGUGUGCACCCCUCCCCCCCACAGCAGCCUCAAGGAGAACUAGUGCCAUUUGACAUUGAUACAGUAGAAGGUCAAUAAACAGACAGGACAAACAGGAUAAGAUGUUCUCACCCAAGAAUCCUUUCAAUAUCUAACAGGGGUGGGUAGAGAAGUAGAGAAAAGUCAGUCCCUAGAGUUACUUGCACUUUGUUUUCUGAUUGUUUUGUUUAUCAGAUUUGGUUCUCAGUCUUUCGGCUGAUGAGUUAGAAAGACAUGUGCUUUCCAAUUUGGUUACUGAUGUAAGUGAAAAUGAUGUGAACCAACUGAGAGAUGACAAUUUUGAUGUCAGCCAAGUUUUAGGUUGGUAUAUAUAUAUAUAUUUUUAACUUAUUUUCAUACCAAGUGGGACAAAUAAUGUAAGAUUCUGUUUAAUAGUUUUCAUGGGUAAUGUUGGUGGUAAGGAUUUUAUUGACAAAGAUUCUUUGAAGGAGAUGACACAAAGUGCAUUUUUUAAGUUGGGAAAAGUUUCUUUGGACAAAUGCUAAUCUUGAUGAUGAGAAAAUACAGAAGGUAACAUACGUUUUAAAUUUCUUUUCCAGGGUUAAAUCACCUCGAAAUACAAAGUAUCGAUGAUCUGCCCCCAUCAAGUAUGCCCAAUGAUUGGUCGUAUUCCAUCACAGGUAAACUUUCAAUCUUUGAAUCUUAAAUACUAUUGAUUAGUUCAAAUUUUUAGAAAAAAAUUUUUCACUAUUGUUCUGCUGGUGUGCAAUGUAUUCAUAUUUACAUUUCCUGUGUUGUCUUCAUCCUUUAACACAUUUGGAUGUGAUUGACAUGUUACUUCUCCCUAAAAUAUCCGUACAUUAUUCAGCAAACAUGUGAUAAGAAUACUCAAGCUUAUCAGGUAGUAGUUGUUAUCUUAAUCUAAUACCAAAUUCUCAUAACUAAUGUACUAGGAAAUGUGUAGCAGCUAGACUGGAGAAUGAACAAUUAGAUAUUGGGAGUUAAGGGUUUUAGCUGUAUGAAAUCUGUAUGUAUCUCAGGCAUUUAGUCUUACAUUGUGAUCCGGGACAGGGUGGUUAUCCAAUAGUGACUCAUUAUCUAAAAACAAAUAUCCCUGGGUAUCUGUUUUGUUACUUAUCCUUCACGCUAUAGUUCAUUUUUUAUUUUGGUUUUUACAUGACGACUUUAUAAAUGGUGCUGUAAAUUUUCUCUUUUUAAAUCGUGCAUAGGUUAAGUCUUCUUCUGCAGUUGUUUAUCUCACCUUUGCGUCACGUCAUCGGAAUAUAGCAUAGAUGUCUUUUCUUUGAGUUCUUAUUGGCUCUUUGCCAUAUGUAGCUUUGUUCUGAUUGGCUGUUUUGAUUCUCUGUUUGGUUUUACAACACUCAAUCGAAAAAUGCUGUAGAAACAAGCUACAUGAUUGUAUUUCUGAUUUAGCUGAUUGCUACUACAAUCGCACUGAUCUCCAAGAAUGUAGAUUUUAUAUAUUUACUUAUUUUUUGGAUGAGUAACCUGUAGAAUUAAUGCCUAUGGUUUUUGAUAUUUUAGAUCUCGCAAAGAUUCACAUCACAGACAACAGUGGAAAAUGGCUGUUUUUAAUCCGUGAGAGACCCACCACAGCUUAUGGACGUCUUGCUGAAGACCUUCACGGCAUUGUAAGGGUUUGAAUCUGCUAUCUCUCAUCCUCUUUACAUCAGAUUAAAUGAGUUCCUUCGACAGAUCCAAAGCUUUUAGUACCUGCAACCGUCUAAAACAAAACCUUCCCCCGCAACCCAUACAUACAUGCCCUCCCCCCCAUACAUUUUUGUUCCGAAAAAAUUAUUUUUAAGUCGCGCGUUUUUGCUGUAGCGCUCCCCGAGGGAAAAAAACGCCAGAUCGCAGGUUAUCACCAUUCCCAUAGUAUUACUUUUCACCACCGACUUGUGGGUGUGUUCACGUUUGCACAUUACAGCCCCUUCUUGCAUGUAUUUUUAGCGGGCGCUACUCCUUGCUGGACAUGAUGCAAUGAGAACUGUUUCCAUGUUUUUUACCCCGCAGAUUGCACCCCGGCUCAAUUUGAACUUCUUUUCGUUAACUCGAGAGGAUGGAGCCCCAUUGAACGUCCGCGCGGAGAUUGGCCGUGAAGAGCAAACAUUAAGGGUGGUGCGUGCGCAGGACGAUGACCACUGGCAGGAAUACCGCUGGAGAGUGGAUGAUCGCGGUCGUGUGGAGGAGUUUUUCGAUUUAGGGAAUAACUGA